AUGCACUGCAGCAGAGUAUUAGACUACUUUCCUCACAAACAAGCAAUGGCUGUGGAUGUGGCGAUGCAGCUGUACCUAUGCUCCUCACCCUUGCGGAGAGAGAAGUGUGCCUGCAAAAUUGCUCCAAAGCCAAGCAAGCCAUUGCGACCCUGCAUCCAGCUAAGUAGCAAGGCUGCGGUGAGCGGACCAGAAGAGGCAGCAAACUCCUUCACACACAGCAAAGUGAAGAAGAGAGUGUCGUUUGCAGACAGCAGAGGCUUUGCUCUGACGAUGGUGAAGGUGUUCUCAGAGUUUGACGAUCCGCUAGAUAUUCCAUUCAACAUUACUGAGCUGAUAGACAACAUCGUGGGCCUGACAACAGUGGACAAGGACAGCUUUGUCCUGGAUUUUGCUCAGCCCUCUGCGGACUAUCUGGACUUCAGAAACCGUCUCCAGGCAGACUGUGUCUGUCUUGAAAACUGCAUGCUAAAAGAUCGAUCCAUUGUGGGAACAGUGAAGGUGAAGAACCUUGCUUUUGAAAAGACAGUGAAGAUCAGGAUGACAUUUGACACCUGGAAAAGCUUUAUAGACUACCCGUGCCAGUAUGUCAAGGAUACGUAUGGGGGGUCAGAUCGGGACACGUUUUCCUUUGACAUCAGCUUGCCUGAGGGGAUUCAAUCCCAUGAAAAAGUUGAGUUUGCCAUCUCAUUUGAGUGCAGUGGGAAGGUGUACUGGGACAGCAACAGGGGCACAAAUUACAGGAUCAUACGAUCAGAACUGAAGUCUGCCCAGGAAGCUCUCCGUCCACUUCAGGGCCCUGACUUUGGCAGUGCCUUUGACCAGUUUGGGAGUCCUCGGUGCUCCUAUGGCCUCUUUCCUGAGUGGCCCAGCUAUUCAGGCUAUGAGAAGCUAGGGCCUUACUACUGA